AAUGACGUUUGCUCCGCCUUUGCCAGCUGCCGUGGGGGGCUCUUCACGUUCACCAUCUCCCGGAUGGUCAUCCGGACUCGCAACUUACUCUUCUCUUCUCUGGUGCAGCAAGACCUGGCCUUCUUCCAGGAGGUGAAAACAGGGGCGCUGGCCUCCCGCCUUUCCAAAGACACAACUAUGAUGAGCCGCUCGGUGCCGCUCAACACCAACGUCUUCCUGUGCACCCUGAUCAAGGCCGUUGGGCUCUACGUAUUCAUGAUCGGCCUGUCCUGGCGCCUGAUCCUGCUGCUGCUGAUCGAGACCCCACUCAUGAUGGCCGUCCAGAAGGUCUAUGAUGUCCGUCAUCAGGCUUUGCUGAAGGCCAUCCAGGACUCCGUGGCCUGUUCAGAGGAGGUGGUGCGUGAGGUCAUCUCGUCCAUGGAGACCGUGCGCAGCUUUGCCACCGAGGAGAAGGAGUCACAGCGUUACGAGGCAUCCUUGGGGGACACUUGCCGGCUGAAGAACCAAAGGGACUUGGAAAGGAUUGUUUACCUAUUUGUUGUACGGGUCCUCCGGUUGAGCAUGAAGCUCAUCCUGCUCUUCUGUGGCUACCAGCAGAUCCACACCGGCCUCAUGACUGGAGGGAAUUUGGUCUCCUUCAUCCUCUACCAGACAAAUGUGGGAUGGUGUGUAGAGGCCCUGAUUUACACCUACAGGGAUGCCCUGAGCAAUGUAGGCGCUGCGGAGAAAGUCUUUGAAUAUCUUGACCGGGAGCCAUCUGUCCACACAGAAGGGACGCUGUCUCCAGAAACCCUCGAGGGACGCGUCUCCUUCCAAAAUGUUUCCUUCUGCUAUCCCUCCCGCCCUGAGAUCCAGGUCCUGAAGAAUGUCUCCUUUGAGCUCUGCCCUGGGGAAGUGACGGCCUUGGUGGGCCCAAACGGCAGCGGAAAGAGCAGCUGCGUUACCCUCCUGAAGCACUUCUACGAACCCCAAUCCGGGGAGGUCCUGCUGGACGGAGUCCCAGUUGGGAAAUACGAGCACAAGUAUCUCCAUAGGCAGGUGGCCCUGGUGGGCCAGGAGCCCCUCCUGUUCUCUGGGUUCAUCAGGGAGAAUAUCACUUACGGCCUACAAGGCUGCAGCCAGGAAGACGUGAUCAGAGCAGCCAAAGAAGCCGAUGCCUUGGGAUUCAUCCGUGAACUGGAAGGAGGCUUUGAUGCAGAGGUGGGGGAAAAGGGGGACCAGCUCUCCAUUGGGCAGAAGCAACGGCUGGCCAUCGCCCGGGCCCUGAUCUGUCACCCGAAGGUCUUGGUGCUGGAUGAAGCCACGAGUGCCUUGGACUUCAAGAGUGACGAUGCACUUAUCUUCUGA